CAAAGAUGGCGGCGCUGAAGGAGGAGCAGUGCUACGGACUGUCCUGUGGAAGAGUGAGCAACGGCAGCAAUGUCUCAGUCUUUCACGUCAAACUCACUGACAGCGCGCUGAGAGCGUUUGAAGCCUACCAGAGCAGCAAGGUCCUGUCAUCACGACCAUUGAUCAGAUUUAAUGGAAACCAAGGGAAAAUUUCAAUACCACGGUCAGAAAAUUCCAAUGAACUGCAAACGUUUACCUUCUACCUGUCAAACGUGGGCAGAGAUAACCCCCAGGGCAGCUUUGACUGCAUCCAGCAGUACAUCACCAGUGAGGGGAGCAUUCAGCUGGAUUGUUUGGGUGGGAUCCAGGACAAGAUUACAGUAUGUGCCACAGACGACUCAUACCAGAAGGCCAGGGAAAACAUGGCCCAGGUUGAGGAGGAGACUCGCAGUAGGAGUGCCAUCGUCAUCAAGCCUGGGGGGAGAUACGUAGGUAAGAAGGUUCAGAUCCGGAAACCGGCACCAGGCCUUUCAGACAUUGCCCCGUCACGGAGGACAUCUCGGCCUGUCAUCAUCUCCAGCAGCACGCUAAAGAAAAGCACGCCUCAGCACAGGCCGCUCCGCGAGCGUCUCUUACACCUGCUGGCCCUCAAGCCUUACAAGAAGCCUGAGCUGAUCCUGAGGUUGCAGAAAGAUGGCCUCUUACCAUUAGACAAGGACUCCCUGGACAGCCACCUGCAACAGGUGGCAAACCUGAAUGGGAGAGACAACACCUUCACAUUGAAGGACUUUUUGUAUAAGGAAAUUCAGAAAGACUGGCCUGGAUACACAGAAGGAGACCACCAGCUUCUCAAGAGAAUCCUGUUUAGAAAGAACAGCUCUGCCCCUCCACCAGAGAGCCCACCCAAAGAGCCGGCCAGCAGCUCACCAUCUCAGAAACGACCGGCUGCUGACUUCAUCGACCCUCUUGCCAACAAAAAGCCCAGGAUAUCACACCUUGCCAGCAAGGCUGCAACAGUCCCAGUUAAUGGCAAGCUCAGCUCCUCCAAUGGGAGAGGAGAGGCAGGUGGAGCGCAGGCGGGAGUUGCAGUUUCUCUAUCAGACGGCGCUAUGACGUCCAGCUCCCAGCAGCUCCCUAUGCUGGAUAUCCCUCGUUCUUUCGAAGCGCUGUCGGACGUCAGCAACGACUCCAGCCACAAUGGGCGCGACUGUGACUCUCAGGAGACAGUGGUAUCUGAGAGGCUCAGUCAACCUCCCUCGCUGUUAUCUGGGCCAACGAUGCUCACUGCACCCAGCAUCGGCACAUCAUCCCCUGGACACACAGGUCUGGAUCUCUAUCGGGACAAGAGUCCUUCAUCCAACAUCAAGUCCAAGAAGAAGUCCAAAAAACAUAAAGAUAAAGAGAAGACCAAAGACAGGGAGAGGGCGAGAGAAAAGGAGCAGGAGAAAGAGAAGGAGAAGGAGAUGAAGAGUCGUGAGGAUCGUGUGCCUGAGCCUAACAGAGCCUGUGAGAUGAGCCCAGGAAACCUUAAAAGCAACAGUAUUCCACACAAAAGCACAGAUCUGAAUGGGAUGUGCAACAGUACCAGUAUUCCUUCGUCAUCACCUGAGGUGGCAAACUAUUUAUUGAAGUACACAGUGAUCGACUCUCCAGAGCAGCGUCAGAGAUAUAAAAACGAUUUCAACUCCGAGUACAGUGAGUACCGGGGUUUGCAUGCUCGGAUAGAGGGCAUCACCCGGCAGUUCACUGUGCUCGACAAUGAGCUCAAGCAGCUCCACCAAGGCACGGACAAGUACAAGACAAUCCACAAUCAGAUACUUGAAGAGUAUCAUAAAAUAAAAAAGACUAAUCCAAACUAUAGCCAAGAGAAGAACCGCUGUGAAUAUCUACACAACAAACUGGCACAUAUAAAGAGACUUAUUGCCGAGUACGAUCAACAGCUUCUUUAAAAGUAGUUAGACAUGUUGUUUUCCCUGUUAUCUCUGGAAACCAAGCAGAUAAAGGAAAACUCUGGAUUCUGUUUGCGCUAAAAAUGUUCUCAUGAAAUAUGCCAUGAAGGGAGUAUUUCCCCUCAUUCGGGCCAAAGGCUCUAGUGAGGACUAAGCAGGAUACAUUAUCUUUUUCUCUAUCUUUCCUUUUUGUUUUUUUUGUCUUGUUUAGUUUUUUUUUUUCUUUUUUUCUUUUUGGAAGAUGGGGCUGUGCCAGGUGAGGCCAGGUCCUGUGUUGGUUACAAAUGUAUCCAGAAAAAAAAAAAAAGGUUCUGUGUGGCUUUGUUUUUCUCAGCCCACCCUGCUUAUAGUGCACAGAGGUGUGAAAGAGUCAAAACGUGGAAACCUCCGCUUUCUUAGGAGAUCCAAAUAAUCUUUCCUGCUUUUGAAACUGGAGAGAAAGGGGACACUAAGAUGGAUACUGCAGAUUGUACGCCAAAUGCAGGUAAUUUGUUUUGAGUAAAGAAAAAUUAAGUGGAUGAUAUAUCAGUUUUCCCCCAUAUACUGAAACGAAUGGUUGUGAUGUUGAAUUUAUUUCUGUUUCUCUUUUUAUUUAUUUUUGACACUUAACUGGGGGGGAACGCGUCUGUUUUACACUCCUCAAUAUCAGUACUUAAAAGCUGUGUCUCUUGUUUUCUGUCCUCACAUCUUGAAUGUCAGCCAGUAUUUUAUUCAGAAGCUGCCUUGCCCAUCUAAUUGUCAAUCUGUUGGCGUUAAUUUUCUUUUUCUCGCUCUCUUUUUAAAGAGAUGCCGAUAUUGCUAUUGAUUAAAUCAAACCAUGCUUCUAAAUGCACACGGUCAGACGCAGGUUUGUGCGCUUGGCUUUUUUCUUUUCUAAAUCACGUGCAGAUGUCUUAACAAGGGGGACGCGUGUGAAAAAAGUCUCCAGUCACUGUAGAGCUGCAGAUUUUCUUGGAGCUCAGUCUCCUCACUCGGUCAGACGGUUACAGCAGUGGUCCUUUUAGUUAUGGUUUAUCAGUGGAGAUGUGAUGGAAAAACAAUAUUCAGCUCUUGAAACUAUUUAAUUGGUUGUCGUUCCAGUUUAGUUCAUGAUGGCUUUUGUAGCAAUAGAGCUAUUUCACGUUAUCUGAAGAGUUCAUUGCUCGUUUUACUCUUCAUCGCGCUUUAGAAGAUCCUCUAAUUGUAAGAUGAUGCUGAUCUGCAGGCUUUUUUUUCUUCUUCUCAUCUUCAGAAUGUUUAAAAUGUGGGUUGAUCCACAGAUCUGAUAUCCCUUUAAGUUACCAUCAUUUGCACCUCCAGUUAUGUUAGAAUAAUCCUGUUUACAGUGUCGAUAUAAAGAUCAAUUUUUUUUUGUUUUUGUCUGCUCAUCGACCCUCGUGGUAGUCCAUCGAGACGACUGUUAAGAUGAAGCCAUCCUCGAUCAUCUUCCAAGUGGAGCCCAAGUGGGUCUCCGGCUCUUAAGUCCUCUCGGAGAAGGAAAUGCUCACCUGCGACCAGUUUUGCCUUUUUCAAACGUGAUGUCACGAGGAUCGACCCUUAAAAUGAUUUUCCCGGAUCAGUACUCCUCUCUGAGACGGAUCCACUCGACGUAUCCGGAGACAAAAUAGAAAUGCUGUAUCAGAUUCAACCUGAGGGCGUCGAGUCUAGUCAGAGAAUGCAUUUCUUAAUAUCGAUCUUUUUAUGUGAAUAUGAAAAAUCAGCACUUUUUUCUCCUGAUCUUGCUGUUACCUGGGGGUUUUGUCCAAAUGAAAACUUUUCACUUUGUCCAUCAGAGUGCAUGCUUUAUGAAUGUGUUACAAUGAACAGUCUUUGUAUCUCUUACUUGAACAAAAAAAACUAAAAAAACUGCCCAAGGAUAUCAAAGCAAAGACCUAGUCCGACUGAAUUAGUAUAUGAUCAAUUGGCUCUGACCAGCAUGUAUACCAAAGUGCUAACUAAGUGGGAUAAAACAAAGUGCUCUAUCAAUUGUUGGCAAAGGAACAUGUCACAGUAUUCUCUACUUCCUGUUAUCAUUUCUUUUGUCCUUUAUAAUUUAUCAUCCCUCCGACACUUUUUCAGUCUUUUUCUUGGGACGAGUCAGAUGAGGCUCUUUCAUUUUUUUUCUUUUUAUUGUGCUUCAGAUAGGAUUCGUACGACUGGGCUCAAGUGAGUCGGUGUAACGUCAGGGUUGCGAUUUAAUCACUCUUCCUAAUGCAAACACUACUUUCAAGCCAAUGCCCUGAGACUCAUCACAACAAUGCUGAACAGUGCUGGGUCUAGACUGAGACUAGAUGUGGGACUUGAUGAUCUCUGAACAGCAGGUGAAUUUAGGGAAGCUACAGUUUGUGAAUGUUUUUGUCACCAGAAUCAACAUUCAGCAUCGCCCGGUACUGCAAGCUUCAACAAGAAAGACUCUCUUCACCUUUUAUUUUUUCUUUUAAACAUUCUGACAUGAUUACUGUAUUACACCUCUAUCAAAAUCCAUUGUGAACGAGUAUCAGUUAUGACAUUUUGCUCUGAAAGAGAGCGUACUGUUUGAGAAUAACGAUAUGCCAGCACAGGAGUACUGAUGUAUGAGUUAAUUGUGCCAAAAUACCUGUUGUAUAGGGGUUUUUUUUCUUUUCUUUUCUCUGAGUAUAUACAUGCUGCUGUAUAAGCAAAGAGGGCUUUGGAGAAGAGUCAUGAAAUGUUGGCGCUAAAACCCAAAGCACGCUUUUUGAAAACCAUAAGGGACUGGGACUGAAAUUGAUCUUUAUUUCAAUAAAAUUCUUUAAAAUCCUUAUUUGUGAAAUUCUGAA